AUGGGCAGCGCGGCCGCGCCGCUGCGGGUGCUGCUGGACAUGGACGGGGUCCUGGCCGACUUCGAGGGCGCCGUGCUGCGGGAAUUCCGCGUCCGCUUCCCGGCGGAGCCGCGCGUGGAGCUGGAGCAGCGCCGCGGCUUCUCGGUGCGGGAGCAGUACCGCAGCCUGCGGGAGGACCUGGCGGCCAAGGUAGCCAGUGUCUAUGAGUCACCUGGCUUCUUCCUAAGCUUGGAUCCAAUUCCUGGAGCCCUGGAAGCUGUGCAGGAGAUGUUCCACAUGCAGGAUACUGAGGUCUUCAUUUGCACAAGCCCUCUCCGGAAUUACGAGCACUGCGUCGUGGAAAAGUAUAAGUGGGUAGAGAAACACUUGGGACCCGAGUUUGUGGAGCGGAUUAUUCUGACCCGAGACAAGACCGUGGUGGCUGCUGACCUGCUGUUUGAUGACAAGGACACCAUCCAAGGCGCGGAGCCAAAGCCGAGCUGGGAGCACAUCCUGUUCACCUGCUGCCACAACCGGCACCUCCAGCUGCCGGCCCCGCGCCGGCGCCUGCGCUCCUGGGCCGACGACUGGAAGGGCAUCCUGGAAAGCAAGCGCAGGCAGUAGUCCAGGGAGGGGAUGCUGUGCUCUUCCCACUGCCAGGAAACAACCAGCCCAUCCCCUGCCAUGCCCAGGAGGCACUGUCACCGCAG